AUGCCUGAACACACUGUAAAGGUAGCGGCAAUCCAAGCUGCGCCUGUAUCCUUCGAUCUGCACGAAAGCUUAGAGAAGGUCUCAAAACUCACCUCGGAGGCUGCCAGGUCGGGUGCCGAUCUUGUAGUCUUCCCGGAAGGGUUUCUUUCGGCUUAUCCAUGGAGAUACGCUUUUGAUGCUACGAUUGGAGCUCGGGAGCCUAGAGGUCGAAAAUGGUUCGCGAAAUACUACAACUCUGCGAUAGCUAUUGAGUCUCCAGAGUUCCAGAUCCUACUCAGUAUUGCCAAAGCAAACAAUGUCCUUCUUUCUGUUGGAAUAAUCGAGAAAGAUGGUGGUACAUUGUACUGCUCGGCAGUACUCAUUGAUAGAGAUGGAAAGUUGCUUUCUAACCAUCGAAAGCUGAUACCUACGGCCGCAGAGAGGCUAGUUUGGGGCCGCGGUUCUGGAGACGGGCUGAAAGUUGUGGAUACCGACAUCGGAAAGGUCGGUGGCCUAAUAUGCUGGGAGAACUACAUGCCCGCCGCCAGAAUGGCGCUGUAUCAACAGGGAAUCGAAAUCUGGAUUGCCCCGAACGCCGAUGACUUGCCCAGUUGGAUAGCUUCUAUGCAGCACAUUGCGAAGGAGGGCCGUACUUUUGUGAUCUCGGUGAACCAAUUUUGCAAGGUGGCCGAUUUCCCUACGGAUUAUCCACCGUUCACACCUGAGCACCAUGAUCGCCAGCCCGAUGGGUCCGCUUGGACUCCGGAUGCUAUCCUCAAUCAUGGUGGCUCAUGUGUCGUCGGGCCAUUAGGAACCUUUCUGGCAGAGCCAUUGUGGGACAAGGAAGGCAUCAUCUAUGCGGACCUCUCGAGGGACACUUUGAUUGAAUCAAGGAUGGAUUUCGAUCCAGUCGGAAGCUACUCUCGGCCAGACAUAUUCUCGUUACACGUCAAUACGAAGCCCGGGGUGAACGUCUUUUUGAAGGAGUAAAGGAGGCGUUGUUUGCAGCUCGUAAUUGAUGGAGAAGACCACGAGAAGAGCACCACGCCACAAGACAGCCUUCUGAACUGUGCAUAGGCUAAAAUAUGAGACCAUUCCAGGGCUUUAUAAUAAGAGUUUCUUACGUUGACGGCCUGUUCUGAUGCGGCGUAUUACCAGCUGAAAAUGAUGAUGUGAAGAAGUUGAAGGAGCGCCAAGCACUAACUAACUUCACGUGAUACUCCUUUUCUCUAGUUGCACUUGCCCCUCCUCGCUCAUCCAUUUCUCAACAGCGCCACUCGCAACUCCGCCGGCGCCGCGUGAGGUGCCCAGCGAGCUCACGAUCUUACAAAAACC